GACUGCCAUUGCGCAAUGAUGUUUACGUCAAGAAUAGACGUGUAUACUGUCAAUAAACCCCACGGUUCUCGUAUUGCAUGCAAUAUGACCGGAACACAUACGCAGAAGGUUCGUAGACGUCUUCGCCAACGACAACGUCCCUGUUCUGUGAUAGACGUCCGCAGCCAUCCCACGCCGAGACUGAAGCACCACAACGGAACUGCGUUGACCAAGCCGAUGGUCGUCAAGCGACCCUGGCUGGAUGAAGACGUCGCGGAGGACUUGAGUUUGUCUCCGCCACCGUUCACUUUGCCAUCGCCAGUGUCGCCGGCUCUUUCCGAUGGCUGUGUGCCUGAUGUGACUCGUCCGUUUGACUUGAGCUUGAAGCCGAAGAAGCAUGACGAGUAUCCUACAAUCAUACGACCAGUGGUCCUCACGCCUCCUCCGGGUAUUGCCCUGGUCGCCCCAAAAGGAGAACGCAACUCUGCAAGCCCACUGGGCUGGCACAGAUCUCAGUACCUGACGCCACCUCAAGCGUACGCACCUUUGACCCUCUACCCCGUGCCACCGGCAGCCGAUUUCUACGGGCAGCUCAUGACUCCGUCAUUUGUCUCCGCGAACCACCCGCUUACACCUCGAGAGCUGUCAGGGAAGCAGAGCCCACCACAGAAAGACGCUGUUGUUCCAUCUUGGUCGUCCGGUGUAUCAUCGUCGGAUGAGAAGGAGUGGAGCGUCGCUGGUUCCCCAGUUCCGGAGACCGAAAGGAGACGGACAAACAACGAUGUGUCCAGGUACCAGUGCUCUGACUGCAACAAGAGCUACUCCACAUACAGCGGAUUGUCCAAGCAUAAACAGUUUCACUGUGUGACAUCAGCCAAGAAGUCGUUCUCCUGCAAGUACUGCGAGAAAGUGUACAUAUCGCUAGGUGCCCUGAAAAUGCAUAUUCGGACGCACACAUUGCCAUGCAAGUGCAAGCUAUGCGGGAAAGCAUUCUCAAGACCGUGGUUGCUACAAGGCCACAUAAGAACUCAUACCGGAGAGAAGCCUUUCGCGUGCCCUCACUGUAGCCGAGCCUUUGCCGACCGCUCCAAUCUGAGGGCUCACCUCCAGACCCACUCCGACGUGAAGAAGUACAGCUGUAAAUCGUGCAGCAAGACAUUUUCGCGGAUGUCCCUUCUGCUGAAACACGAAGACGGCGGUUGUGCGGCGGCCGUGGGAUCGCACCACUUGUAAACAACGUGCCAUUUCUCAGACUCUAGCUCAAAACACAGACUGUAUUCGCCAUGACGUAGAGACUGAAAGACUUCUAUUCCACGCUUUUAUUAUUUAUAUUUGGUUCAUGUACGCUCUAGUCGCGCAAAGUAUUAUAGCCGAUCUCCUGGCAGAGAGGGCGCCCUCACGCGGUGCAGCUACGUACGCAGGAGAAUGCGUUUGUCUUAUCACACACACGCCGCACACUGUAUUUAUUUAAUUAUAUAUUUCAUUUUCACCCAUCUUACAUAGUUAUCAUAUUGUCGCAGUUUCUUUAUUGCCAAAGACGUUCAUUCACAGCAUAUUUGCGUUUACCCAUGUAGUCACAUAGUUGGUCCCCCACUUUGUUGGUUGUGUAGUGUUUGCUGCUACUUAAAGGUACUUUUCGCCAGUGAACGGUGCUGUCUUUCUACGGCACUAUAUCAGACUUCAAGCAACCAAAUGCGACCGUAUUGGCUGAGAUUCGUUCGCUUUUGUGCCACUUCGUCUCCCGUAUUGUCCCGGAGUCGAGAACCAGAGCUCAACUUUUUUUUUUUUUUUUUUUUGUGACCAAGUUAAAAUACGCAUGCUUUCCAAUCGCAUUGCCAACAACAACGCGAGAAAGUGUCCUUAGGAGAAAUCGCCUUGACAGCGAACUCAUGCAGCGUCUACCAAAGUGCCAUGUUUUUGCUAACUUGUUCACCUGAGAAGUCUACUGUUCCAUUCCUCCUAUAUCGUAGAUUGAAAGAGCAAUUUCAAAUUGUACAUACGGGACAUUUGUUACGAGUUCUUCUAUCCGGUUAGAGCUAGUCAUGUUGUGUUAUCGAACCGUUACCAUUAUGUAGAAAGCCUUCCAUGAGUGCUGGAAUAUUUCCAAGAGGGCCAGUAAUAUAUGUUACACCAUGAAUACAGUUGACGUUCAAUGUACAACGUUCUGUAACGCUGUGAAAAAAGGAAAAAUGACAUUGAUAAUUUAACUUUGUGUUUUUCUUGCUACACGAAUGGUAUUUUGUCGUUCGUACCAUGCAAUAAAAAUCCAUAUGAGACACCUU